UGCAGAAAUAGCCGCGCAAGCCUCUGCUGCGGGGGAAAGACGCCGCGGCUCCGCCAAGGAGACUUUGCAGGAGCGCAUCCGGGGGGCGCUUAAGAAAAGAGGGGCGCUUGCAGCGACCGCGAUCACCCUCCUUUUUUAUUAGCAAGGAUAUAAGAGAGGAGCUCUGCCUUGGCUUUUCGACGUGGUCAGACUCGAACUCGCGACUCCAAGUCGGGACCGUCCUGUGGAUCAGCUUCCUGCAGACAGAACAUCAUUUCGACCGCCUGGGUUUUUCCCUGCUUCUGUGAGAUGCCUCCCGGGGCUGGGCUUUCCCCUGCCCUCCUCUCUGCAGCUGCGCCCAUUUCCUAGCCUGCAAGACUGAUCCCCACUGCCAGCACCCUUCCCUGGGCUCAGCCGGCUGGGGGAAGUCCUGUUUCGCCCACCCAGUGGCACGUGGCGGGAGAAAACAACAGGGACUAGCGCCUUGGCUUUCCCCGCUGCCGCUUUGAGGUUUCUGGUGUGGCAGAAGAACAAAAGCAAGAGACUGGCACCGUAACAAGCAUCACCGCCACCAGAUCUAUUGCGCCAGGAGAUUGCAUGGCCUGCGGUCCACCGGCGAUGGCCGAAGACGUGUCCCAGCGGGCACGGCGGUGUGGUGGCAGCGUGGGCUGAGCUUCUGCGCGCUCCCCCAAAUCGGCACGCCUCCAUGUCUGGUGCUAGCAGGAGGUCCUCCUUCCCGCAGGCCAGCUCUCCCUUGACCACCGCUCUUGGGGGUUUGGUGGACCCAUGGCAUUUGCUGGCGUGGGCUGAGCCCCCUGCUUGAAAUGACCACGUCCUCGUCCCCGCUGGCCCUCGAUGGCCUGGAUAUGGUCUACAUCGUGGUGGAGCUGGUGAUCGCUGUGUUGGCCAUCGCGGGCAACAUCCUGGUGUGCUGGGCAGUGGCCAUCAACAGCACCCUGAAGAAUGCCACCAACUACUUCCUGGUCUCCCUGGCGGUGGCCGACAUCGCCGUGGGCCUCCUCGCCAUCCCCUUCGCCAUCACCAUCAGCAUCGGCCUGCGGAUCAACUUCCAUUCCUGCCUCUUCCUGGCCAGCUUUGUCCUGGUCCUCACCCAGAGCUCCAUCUUCAGCCUCCUGGCCGUGGCUGUGGACCGGUACUUGGCGAUCAAGAUCCCACUUAGAUACAAGAGCAUCGUGACGGGGAAACGGGCCCGGGUCCUCAUUGCCGUCCUCUGGGUCCUCUCCUUUGGCAUUGGGCUCACCCCGCUGAUGGGCUGGAACCACGGGGAGAACGCCACCACCUGCGCCGAGAACUUCACGACCUUUGGCAACGGGAGCCCUGCUGAGGCGGGUCAGCGCAGGCCCUGCCAGGUGAGAUGCCUCUUUGAGAAGGUGGUGACCAUGAGCUACAUGGUCUAUUUCAACUUUUUCGGCUGCGUCCUGCUCCCGCUGCUCAUCAUGCUGGGCAUCUAUGCCAAGAUCUUCCUGGUGGCCUGCAAGCAGCUGCGGCAGAUGGAGCUGAUGGGCAACUCCCGCACCACGCUGCAGAAGGAGGUCAACGCCGCCAAGUCCCUGGCCAUCAUCGUGGGCCUCUUUGCCCUGUGCUGGCUACCCCUCCACAUCCUCAACUGCUUGACCCUCUUCCACCCGGAGCUGGCCAAGCCCACCGAGAUCAUGAACCUGGCCAUUGUCCUCUCCCACGCCAACUCGGUCGUCAACCCCAUCAUCUACGCUUACCGCAUCCAGGACUUCCGCUUCACCUUCCGGAAGAUUCUCUGGCGGUACGUCCUCUGCAAGGCCGACGACUUCCCCAAGGGCGCUAAAGGAGGCGGAAGCGGAGGCGGCAGCAACCGCGACCUGGCGGUCGCCAGCAUCAUCACGACUCCGACCUGCAUUUGAGGACUACCUUGUUUUUGGAGGUCCUGGCAGACGCGUGUGACCCUCAAAACUCCGGGAGGAGACCGUGAUGACUGAGCUGUGUUUGUACUGCUGCAGUUUGAGUCUUCGGUCCAUAAUAUGCAUAUCUAUCCUUGCUGUGAGCAGGGGGCGAAAAUGGACGGCCUCUGGAUGGCCCCUUGUUUCUAACUCUUAAAACUGUGAUUUAUUUUGUGAUUUUAGUUGUGUUUGGUUUUUGUUUAUAAAAAUUGUGCCACUGAAAGGAGGAAUCCUACCGUCAACCUUACAUGCUGUCUAAGUCCCUAACGGAUGAAACUUUAGGGGUUGGGUGAGAGAGAAGGGAUGAGAUUUAUAUUUUCCUUCCGAAAGAGAGAGAAAAGAAAAAUCACGUCAAAUUCUUGCCUCUGGAACAAGGGCCGGUCUCCCAACCACGCUGCUCUCACGCUUUCUUCUGUGGAGGUUGUUAUUUUUUCAUCGUUCAAAGACAACUUUUUAAAAAUAUAUAUGUGAUGGGUUUGUUGUUUUGACUAAGAAUGUCGUGUGUUUGUGUCUGUCUGUCUGUCCUCUCUUGCCCCGCAACCGCCUUUUUAAAAAAAUUAAAAGAAUGGUCAUCA